AUGGAUACAGCACUUCCACUACAACAAGACGGCGAGAAUCGUCACAGUCAAGACGAUAUCAAACCCACUGUCCCUGCUCCUGAGGAAUCAAACAUGAGCAGCAUCCAGAGACACCCGCACGCUAAUAGAAGGACACCCGAACCUCAAGAUGAUCGACAACCCAACAAUUCUGAUCCGCCAGAUACCCCUGGUGUUUUAGAACCAUUUAACUGGGAUGAGUUUGAAGCGCGUUAUGAGGCUGCUUUGCAAGAGGCAGAUGAGCGGGAGCGGGAGAUCCUGAAGGAGGCGGAUGCUCUCUCAAAGUACUUCAAAAUCUGGGCUGCGUCUGCGUCUACGCAUGAUGAUGAGCGGGCAGCGAAGCGCCUGCAAACACGACGACGCUUUGUGAAUCUCGCUGAAGACAAAAUGGAACGGAAACAACAGCAUUAUGAUCAAGUUGUGAGGGCCUUUGAGAGUGCUCUGGCACUUCUCAAGUCCCAGUGA